GACACCACCACUCUGCAGUAGUAGCCUCUGCCGGUGUACCCCUCCGUUUCUUUGGGCUUAUAUAACCCCUCCGUGGGCUCCCAGGUGGGCUUUGGUGGGGGGAUCUAAGCUUUCCCCAUUCUCUUCUGCCUCCAAUGAGACUCGGAGACGGUGUCAUGUGCCCGAAAGACCAGCAGAGGGAGCAGGCAGCUUUGCUGAGCAGCAAGAGUGCAGGCAGCGUAGAGGUGCAGAGGUGGCCCCAGCCUCCAGAACUUCGAGGUGAAGAAAAGCAGGAGUUCUCGGGGAACAGAGCUUCCGUCUCAGAGUUCCUUAGUAAUUUUGUGAACACAAACCCUACCCUACACCCAGUGCCGCAGCCGUUACUCCUCCCUUUUAUACUGCCUGGACCCCUUACCUUCCGCCCAGGGCUCCCAACCCAACUCUGUCCCAAUCUUGUUUCCAUCCCAACUCUGUCCCAACCCCCUCAUGUUCCAUCCAAAGGGUGAGGCCGGCAGAAAAACUACAGGAUUGUGGAAUGCUCAGUUAGCACCAACUAAAGUCGACGACCCUACUUCCAAUAUUCUUUUUCCCGGGUGAGUUUUUUGGUCAUUCCCUCCGCCCCCCAAUCUAUUUCUCAAUUUGUUUUUUCUGGCUGUGAUUCAGGACCUCUUGGUGGGCAGCCGAUCCAGGAAUCCAGGCCGGGAUUUACUACCCACUACCAGCAGCGUGUUCGGGGUUGGAGGGGGGGAGUAGGCAGUAUAGGGUCCCUCAAGGGAGGGGGAGGAUCCUGGGGGUCCUGGGGGUGCAAUAAGCCCGGCACCCCCUCUCUUGCUUCCAGCUACCCCGCCUCAUCCUCCAGAACGGCAAGAGGGAGGGACAUAGGAGGGAGGUGAGGGGCGAACGGGAAGAGCGGCGGCGCGCCAGCGGCUAGAGCGAGAAAAAGUUUUUGCAAAAGGGAAAAAAAAGUUUGUGCUUCUCACGGGUGGUCCCGGCUCGCGGCCCGGCGGGCUGGGCCGGCGGGAGGGCUGGGGGCCAGGUUGGGGGGGUGGGGGUGGCCCUGAGGCUGCGCUGCUGUAGCCCUGUCCGCCCCCCCUCCCCACCGCACACCCCCCAGCCCAGACUCCAGCUCUGGACCGUGCAUCCCGAGCCCUGCGCCCAGACGGAGAGCAAAGGGCAGAUCAUCUAGGCUCCCUCCUGGCCCCGUGAGCCUGUCUGGGCUGUGGCGAGGGCUCCCUCUGCUGGACACUGGAGAGGUUGUAGACCGGCUGUCCACGAGCAACAGAUGAAGGAAAGGGAGAGGGGCUCAGGCUGAUCAGCCAGCACAGAGCUUGAGGUCUCCCAUCCCCUCCUGCAGUGACCCACACACACUCCUCUUGAGACACCAUGUUCAACUCGAUGACCCCACCACCAGUCAGUAGCUAUGGCGAGCCCUGUUGUCUCCGGCCCCUCCCCAGUCAGGGGGCCCCCGGCAUGGGGACAGAAGGACUGCCAGGUCUGCCCUUCUGUCAUCAGGCCACCCUCAUGCCCGGCCCCCACAGUUAUGGGCCAGCCAGAGAAGCCAACAGCUGUGCGGAGGCGCCACUGUUUCCUCCUCCCCGGAGUGCAGUCAAAUUGACCAAGAAGCGGGCACUCUCCAUCUCACCUCUGUCAGACGCCAGCCUGGACCUGCAGACAGUUAUCCGCACCUCGCCCAGCUCCCUCGUGGCCUUCAUCAACUCACGCUGUGCAUCUCCGGGGGGUUCCUAUGGUCACCUCUCCAUCGGCACCAUGAGCCCAUCUCUGGGAUUCUCACCCCAGAUGAACCACCAGAAAGGGACCUCACCUUCUUUUGGGGUCCAGCCCUGUGGUCCCCAUGACCCCACGCAGGGUGGGAUGAUGCCGCAUCCUCAGUCCCGGGGACCCCUCCCAACGUGCCAGCUGAAGUCUGAGCUAGGUGUGCUGGUUAACAAGUGCCCGGAGGAGCCCUUGGAAGGUGAUAUGUCCAGUCCCAACUCCUCGAGCACACAGGAUCCACUGCUGGGGAUGCUGGAUGGGCGGGAGGACCUAGAGAGAGAAGAGAAGCCUGAGCCUGACUCUGUGUAUGAGACUGACUGUCGCUGGGAUGGCUGCAGUCAGGAAUUCGACUCCCAGGAGCAGCUGGUGCAUCACAUCAACAGUGAGCACAUCCAUGGAGAGCGGAAGGAGUUCGUGUGCCAUUGGGGGGGCUGCUCCAGGGAGCUGAGGCCCUUCAAAGCCCAGUACAUGCUGGUGGUGCACAUGCGCAGACACACGGGCGAGAAGCCACAUAAGUGCACGUUUGAGGGGUGCCGGAAGUCAUACUCACGCCUGGAAAAUCUGAAGACGCACCUGCGGUCACACACUGGUGAGAAGCCAUACAUGUGUGAGCAUGAGGGCUGCAGUAAAGCCUUCAGCAAUGCCAGUGACCGAGCCAAGCACCAGAAUCGGACCCAUUCCAAUGAGAAGCCCUAUGUGUGUAAGCUCCCUGGCUGCACCAAACGCUACACAGAUCCCAGCUCGCUCAGGAAACAUGUCAAGACAGUACACGGUCCUGAUGCCCACGUGACCAAGCGGCACCGAGGAGACGGCCCCCUGCCCCGGGCACCGGCUCUUUCCUCAGUGGAACCCAAGAGGGAGCGGGACGGAGGCCCCAUUAGGGAGGAGAGCAGACUGUCUGUGCCGGAGGGUGCCAUGAAGCCACAGCCGAGUCCUGGGGCCCAGUCGUCCUGCAGCAGUGACCACUCCCCAGCAGGCAGCGCGGCCAAUACAGACAGCGGUGUGGAAAUGACUGGAAAUGCAGGGGGCAGCACAGAGGACCUGUCCAGCUUGGACGAGGGGCCUUGCCUUGCGGGAACUGGGCUGUCUACUCUUCGCCGCCUUGAGAACCUCAGGCUGGACCAGCUACAUCAGUUCCGGCCGAUGGGGCCCCGGGGCCUCAAACUGCCCAGCUUGACCCACACCGGCACUCCUGGCUCUCGCCGUGUGGGCGCCCCAGUAUCUCUUGACCGCCGCAGCAGCAGCUCCAGCAGUGUCAGUUCAGCCUAUACUGUCAGCCGCCGCUCCUCCCUUGCUUCCCCUUUCCCCCCUGGUUCCCCACCAGAGAACGGGGCAUCCUCUCUGCCUGGCCUCACGCCUGCCCAGCACUACCUGCUCCGGGCCAGAUAUGCUUCAGCCAGGGGAGGUGGUACCCCACCCACUGCAGCACCCAGCCUGGAUCGGACGGGGGCUCUUCCUGCACCUCCCUGGAGAAGCCGAGCUGAGUAUCCAGGAUACAACCCCAAUGUAGGGGUCACCCGGAGGGCCAGUGACCCAGCCCGGUCUGUUGACCGCCCUGCCCCAGCCAGAGUCCAGCGGUUCAAGAGUUUGGGCUGUGUCCACAACCCCCCCACAGUGGUAGGAGGAGGACAGAACUUCGAUCCCCAACUCCCAACCUCUGUCUACUCACCACAGCCCCCCAGCAUCACUGAGAAUGUCUCCAUGGAUACCAGAGGGCUACGCGAGGAGCCAGAGGUUGGGACCUCCAUGAUGGGCAGUGGUCUGAACCCCUAUAUGGACUUCCCACCUGCUGAUACUCUGGGAUAUGGAGGGCCUGAGGCAGCAGCAGCUGAGCCUUAUGGAGCUAGAGGGCCCGGCUCCCUGCCUCUUGGGCCUGGUCCACCCACCAACUAUGGCCCCAACCCCUGUCCCCAGCAGGUUCCCUAUUCUGAACCAACCCCAGAAACAUGGAGUGAGUUCCCUUCCCACUCUGGGCUCUACUCAGGCCCCAAGGCUCCAGCUGGAGCCUACAGCCAGUGUCCUCGUCUUGAACAUUAUGGACAAGUGCAAGUGAAGCCAGAACAGGGGUGCCCCGUGGGUUCUGACACCACAGGACUGGCACCCUGCCUCAAUGCCCACCCCAAUGAGGGGCCUCCCCGCUCACAGCCUCUGUUCUCCCACUACCCACAGCCUCCCCCUCCCCAGUAUCCCCAGUCAGGUUCCUAUACCCAGCCACCUCCUGAUUAUCUGCCUUCAGAAGCCAGGCCCGGCCUGGAUUUCGAGUCCCCCACUCAUUCUACAGGACACCUCAAGGCGCAGCUUGUGUGUAAUUAUGUUCAGUCUCAACAGGAGCUGCUGUGGGAGGGCGGGGGCAGGGGAGACCCCCCCAUCCAAGAACCUCUCUAUCAGAGUCCCAAGUUUCUGGGGGGUUCCCAGGUCAGCCCAAGCCCUGCCAAGGCCCCAGUGGCCACAUAUGGACCUGGCUUUGCACCUAAUAUGCCCAAUCACAAGCCGGGCUCCUAUCCUACCCCUUCAUGCCAUGAAAAUUUUGCAGUAGGGGCCAACAAAGCUUCCCAUAGGGCAGCAGCACCACCCCGACUUCUACCCCCACUACCAGCUUGCUACGGGCCCCUCAAGGCAGGGGGCACCAACCCCAGCUGUGGCCAUCCUGAGGUGGGCAGGCUGGGAGGGGGCCCCGCCUUGUACCCUCCUCCUGAAGGGCAGGUGUGUAACCCUCUGGACUCUCUUGAUCUCGACAACACGCAGCUGGACUUUGUGGCUAUUCUGGAUGAGGCCCAGGGGCUGAGUCCUCCCGCUUCUCAUGAUCAGAGGGACAGCUCUGAACACACCCCACCUCCCUCUGGGACCCCUAACAUGGCUGUGGGCAACAUGAGUGUGUUACUGGGAUCCCUGCCUGGGGAGACACAGUUCCUCAAUUCUAGUGCUUAAGGAGAGGGGGACCACAGAUCCACAUUUCCUGAGGGGUUUCCAUCCCCACCAGGAAGUCCGGAGGAGGAGCCAUAGCCCCCUGGGAUGCCCCAGGGAUGGGAGGGGUGGGCUGGGGCUGUACACAGUCUAAAUAUAUUUGGGGAGGAAUUUGAUAAUGACACUGUUUCCUGAUAAUAAAGGAACUGCAUCA